AUGACGAAGGGAGACCUACCGCUCUCUGUUGUUGCACCACAAGAAGAUGUGCCAUGGAGGGAAUUCAUCCAGACGUUUGUGAGUUUUGAAAAGGGGCUCGAAAGUCGAUUCAACACCAUUUUGGAAAGGUUAGACAUGCUCAAGGGACAUCAGGAGCUUUGCCCUGAAGAAGCCCCCCGACCCAUCGAACCUGAGGAGUUGGAAGAGACUCCAAAGGUUCCUGAAGGACCUUCAGAGCCUGUAUCAACUGUGCCCAGACGAACCCUAGAUCCAACUAGGGCAUCUAAACAGAUGUUGCAUGACCAAGGGACUUUUCCCAUGGUUACGAUGACUCAGAAUCUGCAUGACAACAAUGGCCUACCCAAGUUUGUUCACAUCCCAGGUUCAGGGGACCCUGGAAUACAGAUGGCCACUAUAUACCCCGACCCAGAAAGUGAGGAAUCUGCCUCGUCACUGGCACAGAUACCUUCCCAUUUGAAAGAGAAAUGGGUGAACUGUCAAAAACCCCAAAUGUAG